GUCCUCUCAGCGUGGCUCUCGGACUAGGAAGCCGGAAGGGGAAGUCGUUGCCUCUGCCACUGACGCCGCAAUGCAGAGGGAGGAGAAGCAGCUUGAGGCCUCAUUAGAUGCACUGCUGAGUCAAGUGGCUGAUCUGAAGAACUCACUGGGGAGUUUCAUUUACAAGUUGGAGAACGAGUAUGACCGGCUGACCUGGCCCUCUGUUCUGGACAGCUUUGCCUUACUCUCCGGACAGUUGAAUACUUUGAACAAGGUCUUGAAGCACGAAAAGACACCACUGUUCCGUAACCAGGUCAUCAUCCCUCUGGUGUUGUCCCCAGACAGAGAUGAGGAUCUCAUGCGGCAGACUGAAGGACGAGUGCCUGUUUUCAGCCAUGAGGUGGUCCCUGACCAUCUGAGAACCAAACCCGACCCUGAAGUUGAAGAGCAAGAGAAGCAACUCACAACAGAUGCUGCCCGCAUUGGUGCUGAUGUAGCUCAGAAGCAGAUCCAGAGUUUGAAUAAAAUGUGCUCAAACCUCCUGGAGAAAAUCAGCAAAGAGGAGCGGGAAUCAGAGAGCGGAGGUCUCCGACCGAACAAGCAGACCUUUAACCCUGCAGACACCAGUGCCUUAGUAGCAGCCGUGGCCUUUGGGAAGGGGCUGUCUAACUGGAGACCUUCAGGCAGCAGUGGUCCUGGGCAGCCAGGCCAGCCAGGGGCUGGGACAAUCCUCACAGGAGCCUCAGGAUUACAGCAGGUGCAGAUGGCAGGAGCUCCGAGCCAGCAGCAGCCAAUGCUCAGUGGGGUGCAGAUGGCCCAAGCCGGUCAAACAGGAAAAAUGCCAAGUGGAAUAAAAACCAACAUCAAGUCAGCCUCAAUGCAUCCGUACCAGCGCCAUACGAGCUACUGGAGAUUUCCUGAAAGUAACAAACUCUUCCUGACCUCCAUUCCUUCAUCUCCACCAUUCCCUCUGCAAGUGACACUUUGCCCCAUCAUUCUGUCUGAUGAAUACCCAAUCAUCUUUCAACAUUCAGCCUGUGAGCCACUCCUCUGUGAAGCUUCCUGACAACCCAGUGUGUGCACAUCAGCGCCACUCCCAACUUAGUAAGGUCAGUCACCUUUUCUUUCAUGCUCUUUAUUGACCCCCAAGUUCAGGCAGACUGAACUGUCAGCAUUUGGAUUCCAGUUCUUCUCCCUGAGAGCUGUGUGAUCUUUGGCAUGAAGUGUGUGUGGCUGGCGCACUGUAGCAUCUGACCCAUCAUGAACGCUAUCUAUAAAGGCUAGUUGCUGCUCGUAUCACAAUUAUUUAGUUGACUGUGGAGAGAUAGUAUAAUGUAGCAUUUUGGUUAAAAGAGCAGGUUUAGGGGUGCCUUGGUGACUCAGUUAAGCAUCCAACUCUUGAUUUUGGCUCUGGUCAUGAUCUCACGAUUCAUGGGCUCUGGCCCCAUGUCGGACCCUGUGCUGAUGGCGUGGAAGCUGCUUGGGAUUUUCUUUCCCCCACUCUCUGCCUCUCCCCGACUUGGAGUCUCUUUCUCUAAAUAAAUAAAUAAACAUUAAAAAAAAAUAAAAAACAGGUGUAGACCACCUGGAUUCUAAUCUUAGCUGUGCCACUUACUAGCUGUGUGGCCUUGGGCAAGUUAAUUUACCUCUCUGAGCCUCAGCUUCCCUAUUCGCAGGGAUGAUACUCUUAAUGGCUGUGUUGUAGAGUUGCUGUGAUGUUUAAAUAGGUUAAUAUGUAUAAAGUGCCCAGAAUAGUGCCUGACAAUAGAAGUGCAAUAAAUAUUCACUGUCCUCAGGGUAGUAUCUAGAACUCUAAUGUCUGUAAUUGCUGCUUAAAUCAGUGAUUCAUGAGUCCCUUUGUGAGGACAUAACUUCUCCCUCCUCUGCACUUGUCUGUGCUCUCUUCAUGCCUGCCCUCAGGAGCUCCGCCUCCUGAGAGGUCCUGUGUGCACAUCUUCUCUCCCCUGGAACAUUUUUUACAUUGGUUUACCUGGUGUGGUUAGUCAGUUUUGAAUUUACUUUUGUGAAUUUUCUUUCUCCCGCCUCUUUGACACUGAUAUUUUCCCAUUAAAGCCCAGUUUUGUCCCUUAA